AUCACUCUUAAUAUAUAUGGUUAUGCUUCUCUCCUAGUUAUCUCUGUUUCUUUCUUGUUCCAAAAUCUUCUUCCAUUCUCCGUUGUUUUCAGCAGAAUUCAAAGCCGUCAAUAAUGGUGGAUCUUCAAACUGUUUGCUGCAUGUGCGGCGACGUCGGUUUCCCUGACAAACUCUUCGGCUGCAUCAGAUGCCUGCACCGAUUUCAACACUCGUAUUGCAGUAACUACUACAGCGAGUUGGCGGAACCGGUUGAACUGUGUGACUGGUGCCAGAGCGAAGAGAGAAGCCCAAAGCAAGGAAGCUCUUCAAAGAAAUCGUCAGCCGGUAACGAAGCCGGAAUCAUGAACCGACCCGAGUAUUCCGGUGACAAGAUCAAGCAAGCGAGUGGCGAUUACAAAGGAAAGAGCAGUGGAACCCCUUCUCCAAGGCCUACGACACGCAGGUACAAGCUUCUCAAGGAUGUCAUGUGUUGAAAACACUUGGAAAAACAAUUCAAAUAAAGGGUUUAUGUUAGCGAAACCUGUUUAUAAUUUGCGUUUUCUUUUCAGUGUCAUGGAUGA